AUGGAUUCAACUUCGGAUAAUGGAGCAGACAGCGAAUUCGGAAACCUCUUCCAAGAACCGGAGGGAUUCUUACCUCCCUCCAAAAAACCAACUUUUGAAGAAUAUGCCAUGCGUUCUGGUCAAACAUUAAAAUUGCGACUCGUGGGCAAUCAUCCACUUUGGGGCUUCCUACUCUGGAAUGCAGGAAAAACAAGUGCAGAUUACCUCGAGGACAGGGCGCGGGAAUGGGUGGAGAGGAGAGAUGUCCUAGAGCUAGGUGCCGGUGCUGGCCUGCCUAGUCUCGUCUGCGCAAUCCUCGGCGCCCGCACUGUCGUCGUGACCGAUUACCCGGACCCCGACCUGGUCGAAAACAUGCGCAUAAAUGCACAGGCGUGCGAGCCAUUGUUGCCGUUAGGAGGAAACGGCCAGGGUGGUCAACUUCCGUCAAAGUCGUCACUGCCGCCGCUGAGAGUUGAAGGAUUUAAAUGGGGUGCGGAUCCGGAGGUGGUUUUGAAACACCUCCCCCCUGAAAGUGCUGGUCGUGGUGCCGAUGGCCGUCGUGGGUUUGAUUUGCUGAUCCUGGCAGACGUGAUAUAUAACCAUCCGCAGCAUGGGCAGUUGAUUACGAGUGUGAAGCAGACGCUGAAGAGGACGCGGGAUGCGGUGGCGUUUGUGGUUUUCACGCCGUAUCAGCCAUGGUUGUUUGAGAAGAUUGUCGCGUUUUUCCCGCGUGCGGAGGAGAGCGGGUUUGUGGUUACGAAGCUGUUUGAGAGAUUGGUGGAGAGGGUUAUGUUUGAAGAGGAUCCGGGGGAUGAGACGCUUAGACGCACUGUGUUUGGAUAUGAAUUGAGGUGGAAGGAGGAGGAGCUGGGCAAAUAA